GUCUUCCAAACAUCACAGACAUACAUAGACAUGGAUGAAAUCAUGAGGAGAAUUUGACUUUAUGUAAUCUAUACCACAUUCUUUCAUCCCUUUAUCCCUCUGUCUGUCUGUCCGUCUCUCUCUGUCUCUCCUAUCCAUUAAUUCUCUCUCCUAUCCUCUCUCUGCGCCAAUGUCUCCUUUUUUUCCCAUCUGUAAUACCUUCUGUUCCCUUCCUCUUCUCUCAUUUCAUCUUCACUUUAUUCAUUCAUUCUGUCUUUCAUUGCAUCCGCUCUCAUCUGUACCUCUCCAUCUGUCUAUCUCUCUCACUGCCAUUAUCAUCAUAAUCUCAUUCUCUAAUUCGGUAUAUCAUUCUUGCUGUGCGCCUUCUUUUUCUCCUUUAUCUCCUUUCCAUCAUCUCAUUUAUCUUUCUUGCCAUACCUCUUCUCUUACCCUGUAUCUUUCUCAUUUCACCCAUUUGCGUGUCUGUUUUUCUUCAUUUCUACCUAUUUUUUUAGCCAUCUGGUUUGGUAAAAAGCAAGAGUUGCUGUCACAUGCAUUUAGCUGGAAUAUCUCUCCCAGAGCUCAGACUAUGAUUCAUAAUAAUGUGGCUUUGUCUGUGUCUUAAUCCAGUUAAAAUUCUGUCCUCGAUAGACUUUUGCCCUAGAAACAGGCUAUCGUGUUCUUCUUUCCAGCCAAGCCAACCACACACAGUCAACUGUGUUUAACAUGUCAUCAUGACAUUCAUGAAUCUGUUUGAGAAAUGUAUGAUAGUCCACAACACGUCAGCCCAUAGAGCUACCAAGGUUUCAUAAUUCAGUUUAUCAGAUCGGACUUGGUUAUCAUUUUUUUCAUACUAAUGAAAAUUAAUAUACAUUUUGAAAAUUGAUUUUGAAGUUGAUAAUAUGCAUUUCUUGAAAAAGUGAAGAUUUUUUUAUAUCGCCUGAGCCCAGCUGAAAGACUUUUAUUCAGGCUUGGCACGUUGUUCAAUAUUUAAAUGGCCUUUGCAGCACUUUUUUCUCUUUCUAACGAUGCAAAAUAUUGUUCUUUUUCCAGUAUUUCAUACUAUUUCUUGAAUAAAAAUACUGAAUGUUUCAUGAAAAACACCCUUCCCCAAAAGGGGCAUUGCUCAAAAAUCUACUGCAGACAAAUUAGAAUAUUAUGUAACCACCCAUGAUAUUGUUUAUAUCUCUCCUUGUCAGAUCCAAAGUUAAUUGUGAUAGAUAUAUUAAGUAUAAUUUAUCUCUUCGUUAUAAAUCAGAAUAGUAAUGUUGAAACCUCUAAACAAUUCCCUUUCUCUUCCUUUUAAAUUAUUGCAGGUGCAAGAGAAGGAGGUAGCACUAGCAGCGGUGCCUGGCACAUGGAAUAUUUUGUUUUGGUGUUUCUGGCGCCGUUGACUGUCGUGUGUCUGUGCUGUGUCAUCAUGUUUUACUACCGUCGCAGCAGCCGCCUAGCAUCACACUCUUCUUCGCUACCAACCUCCAGUUACUCUAUUACGUCAGACAAUCCUCCCGUACCGGUUAAUCAGUCACCUCUGAUACCAAGCCAUAGAUUCUCUGCGCAGCAUCAGCAAGAGAGGCUAAGAAAGCAACGCGAGAUGGUCUGUUCACACAGUGAGUCAACGGAGAAGUUCCCCACGUCAGUAUGUCUCCCGGACGAGGACGAACCACAGCACAUGCGUGACAAUGUUAGAAUACACCGGGAGGUUAUGACAGAAAACGGCAUCAGAGCACCGCCAAAUCGGACUGUAUAUGACAGUGAGAGGCAAGAUUUAAUGAUACAGUGUCGUAGCAAAACGGAAAACCUUCAGCGGCAUCCGGUGAGGCGGAGCCCGUCGAAUGCAUCGAACGGCUCGCAAUCCAAGCGGGGCGGAAUCGGGAGUCGGGCAGGGGUUGGUGGAGGAUAUAAACAUGGUGCAACAGCGGUGACGACGACGACAGCGACGUUACAAGGAGGAGGAUUGGAGGCGAUUGACAGCGAGACGCGCAGCCCGUUGAACUUAGUAGACUCUGAUUCGGAAGGGCCACCGCCGUACGCGAGCUUAGUCCAGACAAAAAACAAUAUUAUCAAUGUGUGUGAUGAUAGUAGAGUCAGUACAAGUAACAGCACAGAUGGACUCCUGCAAUGCCAACAACCACCCUGCACUCCUCCUUGUCAACCAAACACUAAUGGAAGAUUUAAUGCCAGUGCUCGAGGGGCAAAUAGGGGCAGUGGAGUCAGACUAAAGCAUGAAGGUGCAGACUGUGUCUGACAUAGCUUCAAGCGCUCCUUGUGGACUUGUUUAACGUUUGUCAGGUUGCGUUAGGGUGCAAAAAAAUGUGAAUUUUAGAGUAUAUGGGUACGGGCAUGGGGCUUUUAAAGGGAAGGGUUAGGUUUCGUCAAAGCACUGUGUAACCCGUCGCCACUUGUUUAAUGACUUGGAACGCAGUCUCAAAUGUACAACGUGGAUAACAACGUGAUAAUAAUCCUUUUCUUGCUUGUCGAAUUGUGGAGUGGAUAUUUUGAAGGAAAAAAAUAUAUGAAUCAAUGCUUGGCUGCCUUUUCUUCAUCUCAUCAAAUGACAGUACCUGGUUACCCUAAGUGCAUCUUGAUCUAGUUCUUGUUUUAAAAAAAAGAAGAAAAAAAUGCAUCUGGAAAGGGGAAUUCUCUGCUGUUCAAAAGCUUUGUAAAAUGUGCAAGCACUUUUUUUAGCUUUAACCAAUGUUACAGACACCGUCACACACGUAUAGUUACAACCUGGUUGGAGUGAUCCAAACUGAACAAUACACCUCUCCAUGUUACAGUAUUCAACCUUGGGAUAUUAUAUCACCGCUGAUCUCUGGAAAUAUAUCAUUUUUCUCAUGUAUGCUGUUCAUGUGUACAUCAGCAUAGGAAACAACAUGGCCAUGGCUUGUUUAGACAGUUUCUCAUCACCUUUUAAAAGAAUUUGAUUAUUGCUGUUGUAUAGAGGUGGAACGGGGGAGUGUUUCAUCAAAUAGCCAGUGAUUUUUCUCUGACUAUUAUUACCUACUGCGAAUCCUUGCAUCUGAUUGGCCAAAGGUAAAUUAGUAGGUGAAUAUGACUGACUAAACUUUUCAUGAAAUGCCCCCCUCCCCAGAUUACGGAAACAUCAAGCUGUAAAUCCUGCAAGUCUCCACAAAUUGGCAACAACUCUUAGAUAGCGCCAUUAAAUGGGAAGUUCACCCUCAUGAAAAGUUUAUCGUAAAAAUAACAGAAAAGAUAAUGAAAUUAUUGGUGAAGGUUAGAGGAAAACCUAUCAAAGAUUUUAAGUUAUUUGAUUUUUGUUUAAUCUGUAACUUCAUGUGUGAGCAGUUUCCUCAUAUCUCGAGACAAAAAAAUCAAUAAAAUGUCAUUUUCUAUUAAAAUUAAAACAGAUUAUAUUGUACCAUCAGUAUAUCAAAAGACAAAUCAUUUCUCACUUGCACUGAAAGAAACAAAAUUUUAGUCAUCGUGAACCAUUAGAAAAAUGAAAUUCAUGCAUUUUAUAUUACACAACAAAGGGGGAAGCUGCUAAUUAAUGACGUCACAAAUCAAAAGCAUCAAAUUCUUUCUUAAUAUGUGUCAGAUUUUCUACUUACCUUCACCAAUAUUCUGUUAUUUCUUAUAUUUUCUCAAACCUUUUGUCAGGGUGAAAUUCCCCUUUAAGGGUGUCCCAUAAUGCUCACUGUUGGAAAGCAGAAUGUUCAUUUUGAAAUGCAGAUCGAAAGCAUAGCUCACAUAAAGAUGGUUAAUGAAGUUGUAAAAAACAAUUAUUUAAUUUGAAAAUCCUUUAAAAUCAAGGCUAGUUGUCUUAAUACUUAACUAAGGAGGCUAGGAAAUAUAACCAAAGAUCACAUUCAUCGGUGGUUUAUCAGUUUAUAUAUUUUCAAUAUUUUGUCUAAAGUGAUUGUUGUAUCAGGGCUUCUCCUAGAACCACACUUGCAGCAAAGACGUACAUCACGAAUGAGCCCUUUUGUAAGUCUAUGAUGAACCUUUCAAUAUAAAAGCACUACAUGAAAAUGACAUGGCCAUCUUAUGAACCCAAAACAUUUCAGAAUAUCUAUUCCGAGUAAAAAAGGUUCAGUAGUAAUGCACCCUCACCUAAGCAUCUGUGACAAGAAUGCAACCCCAUUUAAUACUGAGGUUUGCAAUUAAUAAUGAAUUGCAAAUAUGAAAGCAGGGCUUGAAUUAAUUCCAAGACCAUCGAUGUCAUCGAUGCCUCUUCCGUUGUGCCCUUAUUUUUAUUUGUCCCCUUUAUGCUGGGCAUCAUAUAAAAAUGUGUCCUAUGGAAUAGUGGCCUUGCCCUAAAAAAUAUCAAAAUUUAAUGCCUUUGAAAGAACAAUUCCGAUUGGUUCCUGAUCAGUGUUUUGAUCAAAAUGUGUAUGAAACAAUGAUCCUGAUUGGCCAUUGCUUGUUAAGUUAUUAAUUGCAUAUCUUUAUGUGAUGGAGCCUUUUUUUCUUCCUUUUUAUAACCACAACUACAGGACUAUCUGGUUGAACUGCAUUCUGUUACAAUUACGAUGAUAUUUGUCCUUGCAUUGGGAAAAAAAGUUUGAUGACAACAUUUUUCACUUGUGGAAUUGACACAUACACCAACUCUUACACUUCCAAUUUAUUAUUCAAUAAAUUCGUGUUAAAAUUUCAUGCUAAAAUUUGUACAAUUACAUGUACCCAAGAAGUUAUUUGAACAAUAUUAAUGAAAUGAUGGUGUUCAGAUAUAUUUUUCUCAAAAUUUUGUUGACAGUAGAAAAAGAUGGAGCUAUUUGUAACAUCUGGUUUUAACACACGUCUUGGAGGUAUUCGCUGUCAAAAUUAUGUUUUAAAAAAAGACCUACACAUACAUGUAUCUUUCAUAUUGUUUCGAAGGGCAUUACUGUCUUGUAACAUACCAGCAAGUGAUAUUAAUUUUAUUUCGAUAUAUAUUCGUGGAAAAUCCAUCACCAUUAUUCAUACAUGUCAAAAACUACCAAAAUUUUAUUAUAUUGGCAUUUCCCAUCAGAAUAUAAGAUGCACCAACCUUUUCCAUGACAAUCUCCAAACAUUCCCCCCCCCCCCAGAAGCACCUGCAUAGUUCAUAUAUUAGUUGUAACAAGCCAGAUGGAAGGAUCUUUACUUAAUCUUUCUAGUUAUGACAGGCAUAAUUUUAUUUUAAAGCUCUGUUAACGUCUGAGCAUCUUGGAACUUUCAAAGCAACCAUAACUCUAUUAUUUUGGUCAUAGACCAAGGGAAAGUGGAUCUUUGAAAGCCAGCUAAACUAAGUGUGUGAGUUUGUAUUUUAUAGAAAUCCUCUCAAAACAAUGUUAUAUCUUAUUGUUUUAUCUUAUUGUUUUCUUUGCAUUUAUCAUGCUAGUUAUUAUGCCAACCAACCAAAGCCAAAAGACCCCCGACUCAUCUGCUUAAUGAUUUUUGUAUCUAAAGGAGUUUAUGUUAAACCUUAUUGUGAUUGAAUUUUAUGUAUUUUCCAUUUUGGUCAGAGAGAGAUUGAUGAAAGAAAGGAAAGUAAGAUUAUCCACAGCUAUUAAAAAACAAAAAUCAAACAUCACAUUUCCACUUUCACAUUUUCUUGCUCAUUUACCAACCAAAAACAGAAUAUAAUUCUGUUAUUGUGACCAACUUUUCAAAUGUUUUUUUCUCUCUUAAUAGUACAAAAAUAAGACAAAUCUUGCUACAGUGACCUUAAACGACCCUGUCCAUUUCUGUUUCUAGUGAAUGAAACCACCAUAAUUGGUUUUGAUGUCAUUUUUUAUGUUAAUUUUAUUCUUUUGUCUGUCUCAUUUCUCUCUCGUUGACUAAUUAGUAAUUUGAUAGAAGAAGAUGGUGGAUAUAUACCAUUCAAGAAUGCAUACUUUGUAUCGGCCUAAAGAAACGAUACUUCUGAGUACGCAAGCUUUGGGAUGUAUCAAAUGUAUAAAGGGGACAGAGGGGGAUUGGUUCUCACAGUCUCAUAUUAACUCACCCCCCCCCCCUUCUGUGAGUAGGUGUUGUGUUUGAUUGGCACAAAAAAUCUUUAAAACAUGAUUUUGAAUGUUUGUUUAAAUGAUUUAAAACCUAUUUUUGUGUUUAUUUUGCACAAAAAAUACAUAUCCAAACCCUUGUAGGUGUAUUAUAUCCAAAGAGCUCUGAUCAUGAUUAUAAAAUUAUAAUGGUAUAGAAAGAGCAAUUCUCCCUAAUUAUGUCUUCGCACCAUUUAUAGAAGUUUGCAUUUGAAUAGAUAGAAUCUAUGGCAAAUAUCAUAGAUGUGGAAAAAAAUUUGUAUGUUGAAAAAAAUAUAGAUUUUAUAAAUUGCAAGACCAUUUGCAUUUGAAUCCAUUGAAUUUAUGGCAAAUAUCAUAGAUAUGAAUUUUUUACUCUUUUUGUUUUUAGUAUGUUAAAAAUAUAUUUUAUAAAUUACAAGACCAUUUGCGUUCUUGUAUUUUGAAAUAAUUUGUCCUCAAAUGUGAACAUUUAUGAUGAAUUUGAGUGAAAUAUUCAAAUUGUGUUUCCGCCAAGCAUAACAUGCUGAUUGAUUUAUGUUAGGCAAUUAGGUUGGUUGGAACGACACUUGAUACAUCCCACUACUUGCUACUCAAUCUUUGUGCAAUCCAUGCAUUCUUGAUCUGGUUUUCAUUUCAUUUACCGAUCAUAAAUUGUAUUGUUUUCAGUCAUUCAUUUAUCAUGUGGAAAGAAUAAUAUCUUUGUAUCUUGUUCAUAAUGAUGUUUGCGAGAUACUUCUACAGAUGUCUGAGGAUAUCAAAGAUUAGUUGAAAUAAUUAAUGUGAUUUAUUAUUUUGUUCAUUAUGUGUUCCAGUAUAUACUACUGCCAAGCAGAUACCUUUGAAUUACGAGACAUGAUCUCUCCGUCUUCUGUCAUUUAAUAAGUGUGUGUCCAGAGUAUAGGAAAGAAGAACAGAUGUGACGUAAAGGAUGCGUUAGUCAAUUUUGACGGUUCAAAACAGACAUACUAGCCUAACUAGAAUAUAACUCAUUUGGAUCAUCAAAUUAAUUGCAUUUUUCCUCCUUUUUUUAUGACUGAUAUUACUUGCCUACACUGACUUCAAAAUUCCUUAAUUCAACUUGUUUUGGGUGGGGGAUUUGGGGCCAUAUAGCAAACAGUACAGAUGCCAUUUGCAUUAGCAGAAAGUUGUUUGUUUUCUUCUUUUUUUUCUUCAAAUUUCUACCAAAUGUUUGAUAUGCUUGACAUGAAUCAGGGACUUUAAACAGGAUAUCUAGAAUCGGCUAAUAAGUCCUUUUUUUUUGGGGGGGGGGGGGUCCAGACCAAAGAAUAACUUCAAUGAUAACCCACCAAAUUUAUUCAUUUUUUGUAAUGUGCUUCAUCAUGUUACCAAUAAUCUAGCAAUUAAUAUACACAGGAAAGCUGUGUAAAGUAUUGAUCCCUUCAUUUUGAAAGCAGAAAACUCCAAAAGAUAUUCCAUGUGUGAAGCUGCAGUAGCAAGCAUGUGAUAGUGUUUCAGUCGCGUGGUAAAAAAAAGCUUUUUAACAAAGAACGCCUGCAGCUUAAAGUUGCUGGAAGAUUUAUGAAAUAAUUCUGUUCACAUGCAAUGUAAUCAUUGUAAUCUUUAUUAUAUUGUUGGCCAAGAGGUAAAAAAAAUCUUUGUUUAAAAUUGAUCUAGGCCUGUCUGUCAUUGUUCAACAUUUUCUGUACUAGCCUCAAACAAAAGAAGGGAGAGUAAAAAAAAGAUGAAUCUGUUCUUGUCGUCAUACACUUUCCGUUCUAGGGGAAAAAAGAAUUUUAUGAAAUUAUUGAUUAUGAAUGAUUAAUGUGGUAUGUAAUUUUUUUCUUCAUUUUUUUAUUUGUGUAUUUAUUCAUUUUUGCAUGCCAUGAAAAUUGUUCUGUGAUGCUGAAGAAAAUGUAAUGGUGAUAUGAUGAAGAAAACGAUAAAAAAACAAAUCUCCAAAGUCUUGUUUGAGUGUACGAACAAGGCUGAAUGGCAUAUAAUUAUAUUGUUGUUUGAGCCAUUGUCUUUAAGGAUGAUAAAAAAGAGAGUUUACAGUUAAAAACUGAGCAGCAAUUGAUGAUAAAUAAAAAAGAGUAAAUAUGAAGAUGCUUCACAUACAAAA